UGAGGCUGGAGGCGGAGCAGGAGACCUCCUCCUCCUCCUCCCUCUCCCCGCCCGCCAAGGCGGGAGGCGCGGCUUCAGUCGGAGCCUGGCCGCGGAGAGCGCAGCGAUUGUGGAUUCCUUCUUGCCUCACCAACCCGUGCGACAACCCAUAGCUGAUCACCUUAUAGCUGCAACGUUUUGGCACGUUGAACUAUUUGGCCUGGGAGGUAUGUUCCUGGCAAUUCUAUCAGGUGGAGUUUAGAGGUUGUAAACUCCCAUAUCCGCCGGGAUGGAGAUUCAAUCAAGUAACGCUUGCUCCUUAAGCAUUUUGCAUGAAUAACCAGGUUAUCUCAUUUUAAAGAAGGGUCUCGACCCAAAAUGUGACCUAUUACUUUCUCCAGAGAUGCUAUCUGACCCGCUGAGUUACUCCAGCUUUCUGUGUCUAUCUUCGCUUCAUGGAAGUGCAGAGAAGUAGUUCUUUCCCCAUAGGGCUUGAGCUCCCUGCAUGAAGAUGGAGCGCAGUUGAUGUUAGCGCACUUACACCUGGUUUGGAGGCUCCUCUGUAAAUUUCUGCCAGCAAUAUCUCACCAAGAUAAAGCUUGGGCCUAGCACCAGUCCUUUUUAAGGGAGGGUCAUAAGGAGAGUGGUCCAGAUCAGCUCAGUUCCUCCCAUGAAGCCAGACGAAUGCAGCCACAGGUAGAGUGAGGAGCCUGGAAGAUCACUGAACAACUUCAUUAGCUCAGCCAUGGGUGCUUUGGUAGUUGUCCCGCUGGGCUUAGAGCACGAUCAAGAGCAAGAGGAGAGAGCUGAACGGAAAGCCAGACUUGCCAGGGUGCUCCGGAGGAGGAAAGAAAGAAGGGCUGUUCCCCGGAGGCCCUACAGCCCGAGAGUCUACAAGGAGCCCCGCUCCUACCUACAGCUCUCUGAGGAGCAAUGCAUCCAGAGGUUGAGGUUUUCCAAGGCAGUGGUGAUGGAGAUCUGUCAACUUCUGCAGGCGGAGCUGCAGCCACGCACCCGAGCCUGGACUGCCCUGCCAGUGGAGGUGAAGGUCACCGUCACCCUGAAUUUCUUGGCCUCGGGCUCCUUCCAGGCGGCGGCGGCAGCGGACCUCUGCCACAUUUCGCAGUUUGCGGCACACUGCUGCAUUCGGGAUGUCACGGACGCCCUCCACUCAAAGAGAGAGGACUUCAUCUCCUUCCCCGCAAGCAGCGAUCAACAGACUGAGCGGGCGAAAGGGUUUGCCAGCAUUGCCGGUUUCCCCAAGGUUCAGGGAGCGAUAGACUGCACUCACGUGGCUCUGCGGACUCCCCACGUGAAGCCGGAGCUGUACAGGAAUCACAAGGGCUUCCACUCCCUGAAUGUGCAGCUUCUGUGUGACCACGAGCAGAAGUUCCUCAUGGUGAAUGCCAUGUACCCUGGGAGCACCCGUGACGCAUUCAUCCUCAGGCAGUCCAAGGUGCCCGGCAUGUUUCAGCUACCACAGCACUUGGACGGUUGGCUCUUGGGAGAUAAAGACUAUCCACUCCUGCCAUGGCUCCUCACUCCUAUCCGGUCUCCUGCAAGCACAUCACACUACAAUUACAUCCGCAGUCACAGGGCCACCUGGGGUCUGGUGAAAAAUGCCAUCAGGCUCCUCAAGAUGAGAUUCCGGUGCCUGGACCGAUCCGGCGGCGCCCUCCAGUACUCACCGGAGAGGGUCUCGCGUUUCGUCGUUGUCUGCUGCAUGCUGCACAAUCUGGCCAUUAUGAGGGGACAACCAUUACCCGAUGACCAGAUGCAUCCAGACGAGGAGGACAGCGAAGAUCAUACUGAUGAUGAUGAUGAAGAAGAGGAGGAAGAUGAAGAGGAGGAGGAAAACGUCGAUGAGGAGGAGGAUGGGGAAGCUGGGAAACAGAGGGAGCAAGAGAAUGGCAGGAAAAGAGAGGCCUUGUCUGGACGUACCAUUCGGGCAUGUCUCAUAGCCCAGAGAUUCUCCGGAACUCUGAUGUUUACGCACCCAGGCACAGUGACAUUCCUAUACCCAGUGACGCCAGAUCAUGCCACCGUGUGAUUUUCAAACUGAGACACAGUAGCCAGCAGUGAGCAGUGAAAGUUGCACCAAUUCAGCUCGACGCCAUGACUAACAUUCUCCACUGUACAAGACUUUUGGCAGUCAGUAUUUUGGCAUCAGAAGUACUAAGAUCACUGAUUACAAGACCACCGUCUUUAACCGUAGCAAGUGGAACCUUCCUAUCGAACCUCCUGGUCACUGAGGCUGACGUGCAAAACGCUGGGUCUAAAGUAUCUUAAGGAAAGCUAACCACUUAUCUGCAUGAGGGAAACCACCACCUGGAACACCCAUUCUUGAAUGUGCAAGGGCAACUCUUCAGGAAGAUGCCUGCUAUUCCUGGCUCAACACAUGUAACUCUGGUAACUCUGACCACACUGAACAACAGACUACCUCCUUCAAUAAGACAAUAGCAGCCUCGCCUACAAUACUUUGUGUCAACAUGCCUUGUCUUUGGCUCAGUGACCUCACUAAUUGCCAGCAUGCAAUUAAGUGACGACCUUCCCAUCGCAAGGAAACGUCUCAAUCUCUUCCACCCAUAAAAGUAGUGUCAACCGAGUAUUUGACCACCUGUAAAAUGGACGCCCAAAACUCCACGACAUCCAUGCAUGGAAAAGUGAUUUCGUGCCCGUGUUACCUUUGUAUCAAAAUGUUGGCACUAGUCUGACAACCGAUGUAGUCUUGUACUUCCCACAGGCACUGUGUAGGAUGUGAACGGGAGCUCCUGUGCUUCUCUGCUACUACGUGGGACAGUAAUGACCACAAGGUAACUUUCCUGCAAUACCAUUGCCAGUGAAUUAAAAAUUAAUUAUUGUACUGACCCUUUUCCUGUUGGUUUGCCCUUUCAAUGCCCAUCUCAGCAGCACACCUUAAAACCAGAAGCAAAAGGAACUAAUCUUCAGCAAUAUGUCUGAAAAUGAAAUUAAAACAAUGGAAAUGUACAAUUAAAUACUUCUUAAUGGCAAUGUUAACUAAACCAUGUACUUUUUCAUGGCUGUGUUUUAACUGCCUUUGCCUGGUCUAUUACUACACGUCACUCAUGGUCGAGUUGGUAGAAGGUUGCUCUGUUAUAAUGGAGGAGGCAGCAGGUAUAGGUGAGGGCAAGACUGAGCAGUCUUGGGCUAGGUGACCCAUCCCUGACACUGCACUAUCUUGGCCUGUGAAGCAGUGGUCCAAGUGAGCUGGCUGAGGGGUGGCUUGUGGAAAACUAAUAGUGGGAGUAUGAUUUUUGUGGGGCAGCUGUUUUUUGAUCAACACAUCCAUUCUCCACACAUCCUUCAAGGGAAAUUGGAUGAGUGUGCAGACUGCUGCAGGACAGAUUGCACGGCUGCCAUUACAGCCUUGGGAUCCGUGCCACAAUGGCAGAUGUCUACUGCAGCCCUCUAGUCACAGAGCGAACAUGCAAACUCUACGCAGAGGUCAGAAUUAAACCGGGUCUCUCGCACUGAAGCUGCGGUUCCACAUGGUGCACCAGUGCCGUUUUAAAUACUGUAUCUAAGUCCACAACCUGUCAUCUGAACAGAUUGUACUAGGAUUGCUCAUGCACUGUCCCGGGAGGGAGCAGUUUAGGGAAUCACGGAUCUCAAGAUGAUAGAAGUUCUUCGAGCUUUAUUAUUUAAAAAGUCAACCAACACUGACUCUGUCUGAAGAGGAAAAGAUUUAAUAGGAAUCUGAGGGAUAACCUUUUCACACAAAGGGUGAUGGAUGUACGGAACAAGCAGCCAGAUGAGGUAGUUGAGGCAGGGACUACCCCAACAUUUAAGAAACAGACAGAUACAUGGAUAGGACAGGUUUGGAGGGAUAUGGACCAUGAUAUGGAUAUGCAGAUGGGACUAGUGUAGCUGGGAAGCGUUGGUUGGUGUGGGCAAGUUGGGCCGAAGGGCCUGUUUCCACACUGUAUCACUCUAUGACUGCUGUUGCUCCUCGUGGCAAGCGGCGCAGUGCAAAGAUUUAUAUAUCCAGAGCUGAAUAAGGUCUAUCACAUCUGCAACAACCCUCCAGCAACCCUGGGGCAAGGCUCUCCGUACCAACACUAGGACACUUAGGUCUGUGGAGCACAGCCACUGAAAUACACAAGAAUGAAUGAUUGAUGUAUCUAUUGUUCAUUGCUUUUUUAUGGUUACAAUUAUAAAACGUAGCUAAAAAUGGA